AUGGGGGCCCAGCAGAGGGGGCGUGGCUGCAGGCGGCACGUGACUAGUAGGCGCGGGCUCGUGGCCCGGCACGUGGCGCGUGGCCGCGGGGCGCACAGGCGCNUGGCCGCCCGCGCCAGCCUGGAGCUCUGCCUCUUCGCCUUCUCCAGCCCGCAGCUAGGCCGGGCCGUGCAGCUGCUGCACCAGCGCGGGGUGCGCGUGCGGGUCGUCACCGACUGCGACUACAUGGCCCUCAACGGCUCGCAGAUCGGCCUGCUACGCAAGGCAGGUAUCCAGGUUCGACAUGAUCAAGACCUGGGCUACAUGCACCACAAAUUUGCCAUCGUGGACAAGAAGGUGCUCAUCACUGGCUCCCUCAACUGGACCACACAAGCCAUUCAGAACAACAGAGAAAACGUCCUGAUCAUGGAGGAUGAAGAGUAUGUCAGGCUUUUUCUGGAAGAAUUUGAGCGAAUUUGGGAAGAGUUUAACCCAACAAAGUAUAGGUUUUUCCCACAAAAGAAGAGAGGCCACUGAAGCCGUGUUCUCACCUGUCUUCAGAGCUGGCGUGGAGAGUAGCUUCCAUGUCACAGAACUUUGGGUACCUCCAGUCAAAACCCAACCAGACCUACAAAGAACAGGCUGAGACCUGUGCCCUGCCUGGAGGUCACUGGGGGUUGUGGUGCCAGACUCUGCCUCUGAGUGAGAGAAACCUCCACACUAGAAGAAAACCAUUUCAACAAAAUUCUUGGUCAUUGAAAUACUAAAUUGAACUAAUGAAUGUUUGGGGUUAAAAAGGACAGGGAAAUUCCUGUUGGGUCCGUUGUUUUGGACUGGGCCUUUUUUUCCUCCCUGUACUAAAACAAAUUCAGCCACAGCCUGUUACAGGCCUGCUUUCAGGAACUUUGCCUGGUAUGUUGGUUUAGAAUUGAAGGGUGUCUCUGGCAGCACAGAAAAGGCACAGUGCCUAUUUCAAGGUUGAACACCUGAUUCUUCCUGAUUCCAGAAAAUGCCUGCGCUGGCUGCCUUCACACAGCUCAGCCCUUUUGGCAUCUCCCUGACAAUGCUUUCCUCUCCCCCCUUGAAUCAGCCUUUCCCCGUCUAGCUGGGCUGAUUAGCUGGAGUUGACGGCCUCUCUGUCCGUUGCCAUCAGCACCUGCUGGGUUGCUUCUGGCAGGUCUGAGUCAGCAGAGGGGAAAAGAAAAAGCAAGUCAGGAGGAGGUGAUCCAGGAGCAAGCGACCUUAGCAGCAGCAGCUGCCACACAGUGAGGUCGCUCUCCUGUGCAGGUUUCCUUGCAGAAUUACUUCUUAAAACAAAUAUACAUGAAAAUGUUCAUCCUUAGCUGCUGACCACCUGUUUCAUGUGUUAAAGUACCAGCAUGUGUCAGUAAGGACUGUCGUUAGCCAGCAGCUGCUUCUGUUUCCAUGUUGUGCUUUUAAUUUUUUUUUUUGACUGGGAAGGGGAUCACAACCCUUGAC